CGCUCAUUAUUAUAGUAGUUCUGAAUUAUUGGAGUCACUUUUAUUUGCUGUCGUUGCUGCAAUUGAUCAAUCGAUCAAGACACGACCAGAAGAUAUGACACUAUUAUCAUUUUGGAUCUCAAACUGCACAUUAUUAUUGUACUACUUAAAAAAAGAUCCCGGACUUGCUAUUGCAACAAUAGAAUAUCAAUUGCGAAUCUCUGAGCUUCUUCAUGAAAUAUUUGUCCUUCUAGUUAAGGAUGCCCAAAGACGUAUUGAUAAAAUAUUAGAAGUUUCUAUGUUAGAAUUUGAUACAAUUCCAGGAUUGGAUGAUGUGAGAUUUGAAGGUGAAUGGCGUGUUUUCAAACAUUUUUCACUAAGAUCGAAGAGCCCCGUAAACAAUUAUAGCCCUGUUGCGAAUUUACAAUCAUCGACAUCUUUGAAGCGAAGUUCUUCAGGCAGCAUAUUAGCACCAAUUUUCCGUGCACCUCCAUCAUCACCAAGACAAAGAAGCGCACCAUCACCUCGCAAUGUUACUUCCUUAUUGUCUUCCACACUAUUUGUUUUGCAAACCUAUGAAAUACAUCCUAUGAUUAUAGAACAAGUUAUGUGUCAAUUGUUCUAUUUCAUGUCAUGCGAAUUAUUUAAUAAAAUACUUUCAAAGAAGAAAUACUUGUGCCGAUCAAAAGCGAUGCAAAUUCGCCUUAAUGUUUCCGCCAUUGAAGAUUGGGUUCGCACAAAUAAUUUAUCAUUAUCAUUGAUAAAUCAUUUCCAACCUUUAAUUCAACUCUUACAAUUAUUAAUGUGUUGGUCACAAAUGACAGAUUUCUCAAUUUUGGUACAAACUACAAAAGAACUUAAUCUUAUUAAUCCUGCUCAACUUAAGCGAGUUAGUAAAAAUUAUCGGUAUGAAGUUAAUGAAACAAGAAUAACUGAAGAAUGUCAACAAUAUAUCUUACAAUUGGAAGAAGAUACUGAGCGACGGAAAAAACGGUAUUCUACUGAAAGCAUACGGAGUGACCGAAGUGAUGCUUCAAGUAUCAUCUAUCUCACAGUAUCACCCACAUUACCGCCUUGCGGUACAGGACCAGGUUGGGAGGAUGAUGAUGACUUAAUGGAAAUGAAAGAUAGUGAGAUGUUAUUACCAUUCGCUAUACCGACCAGUACUGAAAUGUUAGCUAAUUAUGGUGGACAAGAGAAAGAAGGUGAAUUUAUACCUUUAGUACCUGAUGAGUGGAUGGAAAAAUUAGAUCUUGGAAUGAGACGUGGUCCAAGUAGUGUUGUUGAAGAAUUAACAUCACAAUGGGAAGCAGAAUAUAAUGAAAAUGAGGAUUAUGAUGAUGAUGAUUAUGAUAUUACAAUUGAUUCUAAUUUACAAAAUUUACAAAUUAGUGGUAUAACAGGCUCUAUCUAAUGUUAUAUAAUCUUGGGCAUAAAUUUAACUUGGUUAAUUUGUAAAGUUUAUUUUUUUUUGUAUCAUUGUCAAAUAACUUUGUCACUUUUUUUUUUUAAAAAAAAAAAAAAAAAAAA